UUACAGUCGUAAACACAGCCAAGCAGUAGUCAGCUAGUAUUUACAGCUAGCAGCAAAAAAUCCACUUCGUGCGUGCCGCGCCUGAGGCUGUAUCGAAACGGAGUUUGUUUGUCUGUCGUAAAUAAAACUGGUUCGCCGUGAGCUCGUACUUGCAUUUAUGUAAUUAUUUUGUAGAUUUCCUUCGCAAAGAGGAAGUCUUAGCUAAAAACACAAGACAAAUUAGAGAGUGGUAGAAACGUUGGAAACGUGCAAAAGCUCUACUACAACUUCUCAGGACAAAAUGAAGGCAAUGCAAAGGCCAAUUAUCUUGUUGCAAGAAGGCACUGAAUCGCAGCAAGGCAAAACGCAUAUGAUGUCAAACAUUAAUGCGUGCCAAACUAUUGGCGAUGCAAUCCGUACAACUCUCGGCCCUCGUGGUAUGGAUAAACUGAUGGUCGACGGUAAAGGCAAGACUGUCAUCUCAAACGACGGUGCUACUAUCAUGAAACAGCUAGAUGUUGUUCACCCCGCGGCCAGAACUCUUGUUGACAUCGCUAAGAGCCAGGACUCUGAGGUGGGAGAUGGCACAACAUCAGUCGUUCUCCUAGCGAGCGAAUUUCUGAAGCAAGCAAAACCGUACAUCGAAGAAGGAUUGCAUCCGCAGGUCAUCGCCAAAGCGUACCGCAAAGCUUCAAAAAUGGCCAUUAAUAAAAUUAAUGAGAUUGCAGUGAAGGUGGAUAAGGGUGCUGAAAUGAGAGCACUACUGGAGAAAUGUGCUAUGACUUCGUUAAGUUCAAAGCUGGUCGCAUCAAAAAAGCAAUUUUUCGCCAAGAUGGUUGUGGAUGCUGUUCUUCAAUUAGACGAAUUGCUACCCCUCAAUAUGAUCGGUAUUAAGAAGGUCUCAGGUGGUGCCCUAGAGGAUUCUGUGUUGGUGUCCGGAGUUGCCUUUAAGAAAACGUUUUCAUACGCUGGUUUUGAGAUGCAACCGAAGCAGUAUAGCUCACCUAAAAUUGCUCUUCUGAAUAUCGAGCUCGAGCUGAAGGCCGAAAGGGAUAAUGCAGAAAUUCGUGUUGACAAUGUAGAGGAAUACCAGAAAAUUGUGGACGCUGAGUGGAGCAUCCUCUAUGAUAAACUCGCUAAAAUCCACGCUUCUGGAGCAAAGGUGGUGCUAAGUAAGCUUCCUAUUGGAGAUGUAGCCACACAAUACUUUGCUGAUCGCGAUAUGUUCUGUGCCGGUCGAGUAGUCGAGGAGGACCUUCGUCGUACGAUGAAGGCCUGUGGCGGGUGUGUGCUCACCACCGUUCAGGAUUUGAAGUACUCUAAUCUUGGUUCAUGUGAACGCUUCGAGGAAGUGCAAAUAGGAGGAGAACGCUACAAUAUCUUUAAGGGUUGUCCCAAUUCAAAGACGGUUACAAUGAUCUUGCGUGGUGGUGCAGAACAAUUCAUCGAUGAGACGGAACGUUCAUUGCACGAUGCAAUUAUGAUUGUGCGGCGUGCGGUCAAGAACGACGCUGUCGUAGCUGGAGGUGGUGCUAUCGAAAUGGAGUUGAGCAAAUAUCUCCGGGAUUAUUCCCGCACAGUGGCCGGGAAAGAACAGCUACUCAUCGCUGCUUUUGCGAAGGCGCUCGAGGUGAUUCCACGGCAGUUGUGCGACAAUGCUGGAUUCGAUGCCACCAACAUUCUCAAUAGGUUACGUGAGCGCCAUGCUAAAGGCGAAAAAUGGACGGGCGUCGACAUGAAUUUGGAGGAUAUUGCUGAUAAUCUAUCUGCGUGCGUAUGGGAGCCAGCUGUAGUUAAAAUGAAUGCAAUUACAGCUGCGACGGAAGCCGCGUGCCUAGUUCUUUCCGUUGACGAAACCAUAAAGGCACCGCAGAGCAAUACUGAUCCAAGUGCCGGAAGACCCUUUUAGAAUUACUAUUGAAAACUAAACAAACGUAUUAGUGGCAAGGAAAAUACAUACAAAAAGAGCUAUUAAUGAUCGGGUUUAGAAAGAACUAUCUGGAAAGAUGGAGUAAAUCACUCGGACUGUUCAGUGCUUCUACCGAAUUGAAGAUGAGGCCUUGUUCUAUUUUCGUAUAUUUUUUUUUACAGGUUGCUACCAUACAAAACACGAAAGUGAUAACAAAAUAAAUUAGCCUUAUCCGUGUGCUCAGCUACUCCAUUUAUACGUUA